AUGUGUAAACACAUACUCAACGCUCAAGUGGCCAUUCGAUCCCCAUGCUGCCGCAAAUGGUUCGAUUGCGCCGAAUGCCACCUUGAGCAAGAGUCUCACCCACUCCAGAAAUCCUCCGACAUGACCUUCGCCUGCAAGAAAUGCAAGAAGUGUUUCCGUAAGGACGCGGCGGAGUUUGAGGAAAGUGACGAGUACUGCCCACACUGCGAUAACCACUUCGUGAUCGAGGCUGUCACGCCGAAACCGACGUUGCAGGUUGAGGGUGAUGACGUGCGGAUAAACUCCAGGUAUGCGACUUCCGCGGCAACAAAGCGAAGGAUAUGCGCUGAUGACAAUGUAGAAUGCUCAAGGACGACCGUGUGCGCGGCGAUCAAGAACGGUCUAUCUUCAACGCCAAAGACACUGCAGACCGUUUAGGGUAGACGAGCGUAUCAUAGAUAAUGAUGAUUUACGACCUUAC